AUGCGCCCCAAGAAGCCAGCGGGAUCGUGGCGCCGUUAGCAUCUUGAGCUAACGGACCGCUUGGAGGAAGCGCACGGCGGAGGAAGGCGCCCUGCGUCAAGAUAAACGGCUACUUGAAAUCACCCCGUAAAUAACCCCGGCUAAUCCCGUAGCUAACCAUUAUCCCUCCAUGGUGUCCAAGAAAGGCAGGUAGCGUUAAUAACCCCGCACUGCCAUCGUAAUUAGCCACUGUGCAACAUACAGAUCGGGGUGCAACUGCGUCCCCCCCCGGAGAACCCCCCUUUUGUAGUGAUUUUUAAGUCAAGUGGAGCAGUAUUUGUUAUCGGGAUGAAGUUACCGACUCACAGACGAUGUGCGAUGGAGGGAGAUGGGAAGAAAAUGGACCAAGCGCCUCCGUUCAGAAACCCAUUUGUACACGUUUUGAAAUUCACCCCCAUGGAAAAGGCGAAGAUAGCAGUAAUGACAGUCACACUAUUCCCCAUCCGUCUACUCCUGGCCGCAUUCAUGAUGCUGCUGGCUUGGCCUUUUGCCUUCCUGGCCUCAGUGGGACGCUCCGAAACAACCGUGGAACCCCAGUGCCUCUGGAGGAGAUUGGUCGACAUCAUUCUGAAGAUCAUCAUGCGGGUCAUGUGGUUUGCGGGUGGUUUCCAUUGGAUGACUGUAAAAGGGAGAAGGGCAUUGCCUGCCGAAGCACCCAUUAUCACCCUGGCACCCCACUCUUCUUAUUUUGAUGCCAUCCCAGUCACCAUGACAAUGGCCUCCAUUGUCAUGAAAGCUGAGAGCAAGGAUAUACCCCUGUGGGGCACUUUGAUAAAGUACAUCAGGCCAGUAUUUGUAUCACGAUCAGACCAGAAUUCAAGAAAAAAGACUGUGGAAGAGAUCAAGCGGAGAGCCCACUCUGGAGGUGAAUGGCCUCAGAUCAUGAUUUUUCCGGAGGGAACAUGCACUAAUAGAUCCUGCCUAAUCACUUUCAAGCCAGGGGCAUUCAUCCCAGCUGUGCCAGUACAGCCUGUUGUCAUGCGGUACCCCAACAAAUUGGAUACAAUCACAUGGACUUGGCAAGGACCUGGAGCGUUUGAGAUCUUGUGGCUGACACUCUGCCAGCUACACAAUGAGUUUGAAAUUGAGUUCCUUCCAAUUUAUACACCCUCUGAAGAGGAGAAAAGAAACCCUGCCCUCUUUGCCAUCAAUGUGAGGCGUGUCAUGGCCAGAGCCUUAGGAGUGCCCAUCACGGACUAUUCGUUUGAGGACUGCCAGCUUGCCAUGGCUGAAGGCCAGUUGAGACUCCCAGUUGACACCUGCCUGUUGGAGUUUGCUAAACUUGUCAGGAGACUGGGGCUUAAACCCAAAAACACUGAGAAGGUGUUGCAAGAGUAUGGGAACCGUUCCAGGAAGCUGGAGGGACGGAAGCUGUGCUUGGAUGACUUUGCUGAGUUCUUGGACGUGCCCGUCUCCGACAUGCUACAAGACACGUUUGCCCUUUUUGACCAGCACGAAGAAAACCGCAUGGAUGUCAGAGAAUAUGUGAUAGCCUUAUCUGUUGUAUGCAGACCUGCCAACACUCUGGAAACAAUGAAACUGGCCUUCAAGAUGUUUGAGGCAGAGGAGGACGGUGCUAUCACAGAGACGGAAUUGGCAGUUAUUCUGCAGACGGCUUUGGGAGUGAGUGACCUCGGUGUAACCCAACUCUUUGCCGCCAUUGACAGUGAAGACACAGGGAAGGUCACAUAUGAGAAUUUCAGGAGGUUUGUGGAGGAGCACAUUGACUUUGCAGAGGAGUACCUAUACACAGAAAAUCCUGGCCUCCACACUGGUACCUGUCAACAUCACGCCAAGCCAAGACUGUCCUCCCACGGUGUGCACGCCACCGCCGACACCAAAAUAACGAAUGGUAUAUGCCCUGACUUCAGUCCCAAGGACCGUGACAGCACAGCAGAUGGACGGCUAAAGAAACACAACUGAAAGAGUGAAGUGUGGAGGACGGGCGGGUAAACAUCUCUCCGGGUGAGAGGUUGUUGUGUGACGCAUACUUGGUAGUAGUUGCAUUUUUGGACUGUAUGGGACUACAUCUCAGUAACUACAAUUCAGAAGUUUACCAUUUUCCUAGUCUUAUGUUGACAUGUUACUUUGAUGGGGCUGUGCAUGAUGGCGGCUUCGGAGGCUUCUUUGACAUGACUUUCUUUUCUUUUCUGUAGCAAGGGUUGUCACAAGGCCAACGUUGGCUGCUUCGGACACGAUGCGUAAAUACUUGAAGGGCACUUAUUCUAGUCACAGGGCAAUUGUUGUCCCAUGUUUUUCUUGUGGCAAUUUAGGUAGGCCGUGCAUGUUUCUAGCAGGUUGAAAUCACGCCUUGACAAUGAAAGGAACAAAAGCAGGGGACGUUAGUUUUUUCUUACCUCUUUGCUGUUUUGUCUUUUCUUUCUGUUUUUGAAGUAGCCGCCUUUCGAAUAGCGAGUGCAGUGUGUUCGGGCAGUAUGGAGGCAUAGCUGUAUUUACCCAACGACAGACACCUGAGUUGACCAGUGACGACUGUUGGAUCACUUCAAGCAAUUUACUGCAUCGAGCCACGUUUGAGGUGAACUCAGGUCACUCCGUUUUUUGCUAUGAGCUUGUUCUAUACAUACGUAUAUUUAUACAAUAUUUUUCAUUUAGCUCAGGGUUCAGCAAAACAAAUAUGACAAGUAUGAUGUCAUCAUUUUUGACUGGUUGUGUGCAUGUCUUUUUUUGGUUACGGUAAGACAUUCUUUCACUCAUUCAAGUGUCUUUUUAUGCUGUGAUGACACAACGUGGACCAAAAACGUGUUUGGUGACGAGAUGUCGCCCCCUCUACCUGCAGCGUUCCUUUCAGUCAGCGGUGUCAUGGCUUUAAAGGGAAGUGUAGGUGUGGCAUUUGAAAGCACAUUUGUUUUGCUGGCUGAGACGCGUUUUAUAAAGGACAUGUCAUACCUAGUUCUCUUUCUGCCUUACAUCGCCGUACUUUUCAAUCAUUCCAAUUCAGUCCACAGCAUAUAAAGAUGAAGCUAAGUCCUAUUUUUGUAUGAACCUCGGUCCACCACAUGCAACCCUGGACCAGUCAGAAGUAAAUAUUUAUUUCACUGCCCAAAAAUGAAAGCUCAUUUUAUUUUCUCAUUUGUUUGUAUGUCGAUUGAAAUUGUAAAAGGGAAACUCGCACCAAUCUGAACAGAUGAACCUUGGAUGGGUUGUUUCCUCCAGAAAUGUACGUUGGGCUUUUUUUAGUCUCUUCCACUGUUUGAUUUAAUGUCGUGUUUGCAUGUAUUCCUCUUCUGGCUUUCACUUUUUUAAGCCUCCUCUAAUCAAAUACUUCUCAAGAGUUCUAAUAUGUAUUUUGAAUAUUCCAAAUGCAGGACAUUUUGUGAAUUUUUGAUAUACAUAUAUGACUUUUUUAUUAUUUUCACUGCCGUUACAAAUAUCUGCGAUCUCUACAGAUUGUAUUGCUGGUGGGGAAAACUGAGCCACAUUCCCUUUUCAUUUCUUUUCUUUCUUGAUAUGAUCCUGGCAUUAAGUGCUGUAUUUCUCCACCACGGGGUUCAAUUAUUGCUAUGCCUGCUUGGAAACGAAAUGCAGACUUUGUAGGGAAACCGAUAGCCUUGAAUCGAUAUCAUUUUUGUGCUUAAGCGAAUGUAUCGACAAUCUUGUCACAAUCACGAGCUACUCAAGCAAAAUGACAUUUUCUUUUCUGUUUCUUGACCAGGUUUCGUGUAUUUAAUUUAGGGCAGACAUGCUGAGCUAAGCAAACAUGAGUGUGACAGGCCUCGAGAUGACAUCGGCAUCGCAUGACAGGCCGCAUCACAUUUAUGAUGUAUAUCUACGUAGAUAUACGUCAUACUGAAUCACAAUGCUAUGCUGCCUCAAAUGUGUCAUUGUCCUUGCACUUUAGUUUUCUUUCUUUUAUAAAGAGAGGUCGCGUAAUGAAGCAUGUUAAUGUAGUUUUCCUCUUGAUUAGGAAUACUUGGAUAUGCUACAGUCGUAGGAUUAGGAUUCGGCAGUCACAAUAGGCUGGAUGGAGUUUUACUGCUUUGUCAUGGAUUGUUGAAGACUCACAGCAUGAAAACCAAUGGCUCGGCAAGCUCGCCAUAUAAAUGAGUAGAAAGGGCUUGCACCGCAGAGUGGAAAUGUAUUACAUGUACACGCCUUUUUCAUUGGACCGUUCCCAUGUUAAUGUAAAGAAUCCCAUUCAGGUUGUGGCAAGCUUUGGAAUCGUCCGGUAUUAAAUCCUCCCUCUGCUUGUGUGGGAUUCCAUACUUGGAAAGCUUGGCUGAUCAAGUUCAAGAUGUAGCUUAUGUCUGUAUUUACACCUGCAAAUGUCCUUACUGGGGGGGGGGUGUAUUUAUGCUGCCUGCUUAACACUGUUUGUCCAGCAUUGAGCCUAAGAAGAAAGAUGUUGUGUACUCUUCCCAGAGCGAUUGUCUUUCUGAUGGCUCACUGCGUGUCGUCUGUUUCCUUUGUAGCUUGACUUCCAACUCUUUGUCAAUACGCAACAUGUUUAUUUUAGCAGUGCAUUUGGAGGAGUCAUUAUGACGAGAUACUUUCACUUUGUCUCUUAAGGACUGCCAUGAUGUAACUUGCUCAUGUGACUCUUGGAUUUCAUUAAAAACAA